UGUUUUUAAGUGGAUUUAAAAAGAUUGCAGCUCAUACGCUUCAAUAAUUAAUCUCAUCAUUAAUCACACACCAACAGUGAUCACUCAACCAUUUCACUUUUUGUACCCAUCACCCAUCAUAAUCCAUUGGAUUAUUAUUAAAUAAAGAGAAAAAAACGAACUCAAAACUCUGUUUCUGAAAAUAGAUAUACAGAUACAGAAGUGGGCAAUCAAAAGUCAAAUUUCUCUGCUAUCUUCUUCUUCCGUGGAUCUGACGUCUCUCUCCAACCUCACAUGCAGAGGCUGAAGGAGAGAGAAAUGGGCUUGUCAAUGUUAAGAGAUGCUGUUUGUUAAUCCAGAAACUACCCAAUAAUUUAGGAAUAUACCUCAAGACAAUUUGAGAUCAGUUAUGUACAGAUCGUUCAUCACAUGUGAUGAUCCGAAAGGUGUGGUUGAAUGUAGUACAAUCAGAAAAUCCAAAAGUGGAUCUCAGAAAAUGGAGAGCACUGUUGUAAGUCGUAGAUCGAGGAAGAACUCGAGUGCAUCUUCAACAUAUAAGGAAGAAAGCCAUAUGGUAUCUAAAGGUGUCACAAAAGAAAUACAAAACCCAUCUUCCUUCCAACUCAUGGAAGUCUCUAAAGGAGCUCAGAAUCUGAACCGGGUGAUUGACUCAUGGUCUGAUGGGAUGACCUUCGAUGGGCAUUCUGAAGAUGUUGCAAAAGAUUUGUUGAAAGGAGCUCUUGAUCUGCAGGAUUCUCUAGUCAUGCUUAGCAAACUACAAGAAGCUUCGCAUUAUAUGGCUCAAUUGAAGAAAAAGCAGGAAAAAUCCGGGAAAGGAAGAAUUGGCGAGAUGGGAAGUGAAAGAACGAAUUACAAUCAAUUUGGAGAUACAAAAUGCCAGAUGGGUUUUCAGAUGCCAAAACUUUCUACUGAUUCAAGGGACUGUUUUGAGGAGCUUAGGCAAGUGAUCAAGGAUGGCCUUGCUAGGCAAAAUCUGUUGCCAAACAGUUGCACUGAAGAAGAGGCUUCUUUUAGUAGAAAUACAUCAGUCUCAGCUCGUGAUACCCCAUCCACCAGUUCAGGCCAAUCCUCAACUGUUCACUCCCAUGAAUCUACCUCUUUUGAUUGUCCCCUCCCAUCAAAGACUCCGCAGAAGAAGCGAAAUGGCCCAAAUUUGAUUGCCAAGCUUAUGGGUCUGGAAGAAAUCCCCUCCAAGCAAUUGCAGUCCAUUCCUCAAAAACAAUCGGAGAGAAGACCUAUUUUUGAUUUGGAUAUGCCGAAGACUAUGAAUCCUCCGCUUGUUGUUCAGAAGGGGGAUCCAGCACGGAGGUCACUGAAAGAAAUACUUGAAACUGUGCAGUUUGAAGGACUUUUGAGGAGCAGUUCACUCAAAGAGUUUAAGCCUUCAUCCCGUCAUCCUAACAGUUUACCUUCCAAAAAGAGGUCUAUCGAUGAUGCUCCACCCAUUGUAAUUAUGAGACCUAUGUGUUCAUGUCUAGCAGCAGAAGAGCCCUGCAAUCAAAUGUAUUUUCAGCAAGAUGGAGCUCCGGACACUAAAGAGAUGUUCAGAAAAUUGAUAAUAAAAAAAGUUGUUCCAACUGAAACCACUGACUGCAGGAAACGAGUUUUGAAAUCCCAUGGGAAAUGCAAAAACCUGGAAGCAGAAGAAACACCAAUUGAAAGGCUUAGCCAGGAUGAAGAAGUUAAAGACUGUAAAGAGGUACUUGCAAAACCAGAAGAAAAAGAAGUCAAGGCCAAGGAAAAGUUAUCUUCUAACAAGUUGAAAGCUUAUGUUCCUGUAAAUCACAAAGCACAUAAAGAGUCAAUUGAUAAACAAGUCAACAAGAUUCAGAAGGUGACACACACUAGAAGGAAACCAGUAGAAGUGGAGAAUUUGAAAUCAAAAGGUGUUUCUAGAUCUCAUGAUCAUGCCAAGAUGGGCUCCAGAAAACUACAAAAUCCUGAAAAAGGAUCGAACAUCCCAAAGAAUCGGAUUGCCCAGAAAAAAGGUACUGCACCAAACCUCGAUUCAAAACACACAUUGCCGACCAUAUCUCAUAGAUCAAUUGAUUGGAAGAAGAAUCCCAGGAAUAUGAAGCCUGUCAGGGAGCCCAUAUCAACUAAUUUUGCUGCUGAAACUAUAGGAUGCUGGGACGAUACCAAAGGAAUCAAUAGCAUGCCUGAAGAUGAGUCUGAUCUGAUAAGAACUGACACUGUACCUGCAGAAGGGAUGGAUGCCUCUGUAAUUCAGGUUAAAGAUCAUUGCAAUAACAGCCAGCAUGCUCUAUGUGAGGUUAGACUGCAGACUAUCCAACAUGAAACUGGCACUGAAUUUGCUGAAGAAGAUCAAUGCAUUAACAGCCAGAAUGCCUUAUGUGUGGUUAGACUGCAGACUAUCCAACAUGAAAGCAGCAUUGAAUCUGCUGAAGAAGCAAAUUAUUGCAUGAGUCACAAUAGUACUGAGAAGAAUAAAUUCUUCAGAACUGAAACAGAUCUUAGAGAUUUGCUUUUGAGAAGUCCAUUAUUUCUUAGCCAUGCUGAGGAGCUCUUCUGUAUCAGUGCACAUCAACCCAUACAAACAGCAAGGGUAAACGACUUCAGAAUAGCAGAUCCCAAGAUCUUAUUGGACUGUGCUAAUGAAUUUAUGGAACUUAAAAGCCUCCAAUGUCCACAAACUGCGCAUCCAUUAUUACAAAUCCCCAUGCAGAGCUCGAGAACUUGCAUCUCCUUAGAUCAAUUGGUGGGGGAAGUUUGCGACGGAAUUGAAAAUCUGAGAUGCUAUCAGAAGCUAGCUGAUGAGAACCUUCCUAUAGAUAGUAUUUGUGCUGUAAUGGACAGAGAUCUAAGGUGCAAAGGAGCGGCUGGUGCAUGGGAUUGGGGUUGGAGGAACGGAUUUACUGUGGAUGAAGUUGAGCAAGUUAUGGAUGACAUAGAGAAGUUCGUUUUAAGUCGCUUGAUUGAGGAGUUGCUUACAGAUGUUGUGCUUUAGUAUCUCAUACAUGCUUGAAUAUGUGAAUUCUAGAGCACAAUAUCUGCAGAUAAAGAUAUCUAGAAAAGAGAACACUGGAAAUGGUUGCUUGCCCACCACAAGGGUGGUUUUGUCACUUACGAGAUCGUGUUGAUUUAAGGUUUGGCUCGAUCAGGGAUUGGAUCUUGGAGGUGAAGUUCUCACUGAAGGAAGCAACAUGUUCAUAUCAUUGUUGCCAAAUGAAAUAUAUGUAACUUUGAUUUUGAUUCCGUUUACUGGGUAGGACCUUAUUGGUCUUUAGCAAACUGUUCGGACAAAAAAAAAACGAAGAAAGUAUACUAGUGUAGUUAGUUACAUUGUGAACUUCAUGCACUGAAGUAAAUUAUUGACCAGGUACAUUCCUGAUUUUCGCAAACUUUUAACGUUUUGUCAUAUAUGAAUACAUGUAUUUUGAUUUUUGUAUGCUAA